UCUAUUUCGCCAGUGGCUUGUUGAUGCUGCUGCUAUUGAUCCUCAAUUAUUGACCUUUCUAUUAAGUGGUUUUUAAAUCCCCACAAUGCCUGACAAGAAGAAAUCCAAGAAGACCGGCGGGUCCAAAGACCCUGCCGGCGCGGUCAUCACCGAUCCCAGAUUCGCCAACAUCCAAUCCGACCCCCGCUACCGCCUCCCCAGCAAACGCCACACCCAUGUCAAACUCGACAAGCGGUUCGCUCACAUGCUCAGCGACCAGGACUUCUCCCGGAACGCCGCCGUUGAUCGCUACGGUCGCAAGCUGGCCCGCGACGACACCAAGAAGCAGCUCGAGCGGUUUUAUCGGUUAGAGGAAGAUAAUCAAGACGACGAAGAUGAAGACGAAGACGAAGACAAAGACACGAAGGCCGGCGCCGCCAUCGUCGCCGACGAUGACGAGGUCCUCCGCGAGCUGAGAAAGGCGGAUGCGCAGUCUUCGUAUGAUCCUGCGCGCGAUGGUGGGUUCGAGUCCUCUUCGUCGGAGGAGAGCGAUAGCGAGGAUGAAGAAGACGAGGACGAGAAUGAGGAGAGGGUCGCUGGUGGGGAGGAGCUCGAUUUCCCGGAUAAGCAGCGCGAGGGGGUCCCGACGGGGGAUGUCACGAACCGGGUGGCGGUUGUGAAUCUCGACUGGGAUAAUAUUCGCGCGGAGGAUCUGAUGGCUGUUUUUUCGAGUUUCUCCCCGACUGGGGGCCGCGUGUUGCGCGUUUCGGUCUAUCCUAGUGAGUUUGGAAAGGAGCGCAUGGAGCGUGAGGAGACGGAGGGGCCGCCGAAGGAGAUCUUCGCGUCUAAGGAUGAGGAGGAGGAGGAGGAUGACGAGGAAGAAGAUUCGGACGAGGAGGAAGAGAAGAUUCGGCAGUCCAUGUUGAAGGAGGAUCAGGGCGAGGAUUUCAACUCGACCCAGCUGCGCAAGUACCAGCUGGAGCGGCUACGCUACUACUACGCGAUUCUGACGUUCUCGUCCAAGGACGUGGCGAAGCACGUCUACGACCUGGUGGACGGCGCCGAGUACCUGUCCAGUGCGAACUUCUUCGACCUGCGAUUCGUGCCGGACGAGACCGACUUCGACGAUGAUAAGCCGCGCGACGAAUGCGAGCGCAUCCCCGACGGCUACCAGCCCAAUGACUUUGUGACGGACGCCCUGCAGCACAGCAAGGUCAAGCUGACGUGGGACAUGGAGGACAAGUCCCGCAAGGAGGCCCAGGCGCGGGCCUUUCGCGGAAGCCGGAAGGAUAUCGACGAGAACGACCUGAAGGCGUACCUGGCCAGCGACAGCUCCGACGACGAGGACGAGGACGAGGACGAGGAUGGCGGGGUGGAAGUGGUGGAUGCCGCGGGCGAGGGCGACCCGACGCGGACGAAGCGCUCGAAGAAGGAGGAGGAGCGGCAGCGCAUGCGCGCCCUGCUCGGUCUGGGAGAGGCGCCCAAGCGGACCAAGUCGACCAAGUCAGACGGACCGGUCGGCGAGAUGGAAGUGACCUUCACGUCUGGACUGGCGGGCGAACCCACCCGGGAGAGCGUGUUCGAGAACGAGCCCGAGAAGGACGAGACGACGAUCGAAAAGUACCUGCGCAAGGAACGUGAGAGGAAGAAGCGCCGCAAGGAGAAGGUCAAGGGCCCCAAGGAGGGAGAUGACGAUGCGGACGAGACGGAGGCGGACGAUGCGGCGGCAAAUGAGGCCCCGGCGGCGGAGGAGGCAGAGGAUCUCGGCUUCAACGACCCGUUCUUCGACAACCCCUCUGGCAAAGAGACCGCGCACCAGCGCAAGGAGGAGAAGCGCAAGAAGCGCGAGGAGCGGGCGGCCGCCGAGGCCGCCGAGGCGGCCAAACGCGCGGAGCUGGAGCUGCUGAUGAUGGACGACGACAGCAAGGCGGGGAUCAAGCACUUCAACAUGACGGAGAUCGAGAAGGCGGAGAAGCAAGCGCGCAAGAAGGGCAAGGCCAAGAAGAAACAGAAGAAGGCGGCUGCCGAAGCGAGCACCUCUGCCCAACAAGAUGACUUCCAGGUGGAUGUGCAGGACCCUCGGUUCUCGCGUCUGUUCGAGAGCCACGAGUUCGCCAUCGACCCGACCAACCCGCGCUUCAAGGCGACCUCGGGCAUGCAGGCCCUGCUGGAGGAGGGACGCAAGCGACGACGGAACAGGACCGACGAGGAGGACACACGACCGGAGCCUUCCACCCGGACGAAGAAGCAGAAGAAGAGCUCGUCGGCUGGUGGCGGAUCGGAGGAUCUGCAGAAGCUGGUGAGUCGGGUGAAGCAGCGGACGCAGCGGUGAGAGGGGGUGUAUUAUAGAC